UUUCUUUCAAUAAUGGAUAGCCGAGGUAUACCUAUUGUAAUUCCUGGAAGUAAAUACUCUUCACCAAGACGUAACACAAAACAAACCAAUUUACGUCAUGAGAUACCUUCGUCGCCCUUCAAUAUGCCUUCAUUAAAGAAUGAGACGUCGCUUUUGGAGGUUUAUGACUCAUUUGCUGAUGCUUGUUUCCAAAGUCAUUACAACCAUUCCAUUCUGAACGACGACGCUCGGUACAAUGUACUUGAGUUUUACAAGAGUGAAGUUUGUCCUAGCGAUAACGAACCUCCUUUAUGCUCUCCAGCAGAAUCUUCCACAUUUGAAUCAAAGGUACCUGAAUUACAAAGCUCUAGGAAAACAACUUUUAAAAUGCCUUCGUCUACCUUGUCUGAAGAGAACAGUCCCUUUGAUUCGCACUUUUUAGAGUAUAAACCAACGCCACAACAUGGAAAUUAUAAACAUACCUCGCAAACUGCCAAACAAAACGACCACCACUUGUCAGGAUUCUCAGAUAUCUCAUCGAUGCAAGAGUCUUUCCUCACAACAACUCAGAACUCUGCUAUCAAUCCAUCGCAGGAGUUUAGCGUAGACUUAGAACAACAUUCUACUGUUGUAUCAACAUACAAACCCGAUGCAUCCUCAAUAAAAGAGUCUGAUCACACCGCAUCACCGGAAAAGUUUGACAUCGCGUCAAUACAAAAUACAGUUACCAAUAUGACGCGACAGUCUGAUUUAAUUUCAACACAAGGGCCUGAUUCAGACCUGACACAACAGUCUGAAUCCCCACAUUCUGGCACCAGUUCAACGCAGGAAUCUAAUACAGACUUGUCACAGGGACUUUACAUGAACAUGCCUAAAAAAGUAAAUGCAAACUUUACCCAGGAAUCUGGUUUGCACUCUCCAAAAGAAUCCAAUAUAAACUCACCACAAGAAUCGAACCAAAAGAUGUCGCCAGGCAUUAAUACGGGUUCGAUACAAAAAACCGAUAUGAAAUUGACGCAAGAGGACCACAUGAACAUGUCACGCACUUUCGAUAUUACAAAAGAGUCUGAUAUCACCUUAGACCAGGGAUCCAAUACCGAUGCGACAUUAGAUCACAAAAACGACCUUCCAACACCACCACCUAGUCAAAAUACAACAUGUCUUUCACCUACAUAUUCUGGAAACCAAAAAGACUCAGAAAAGUUAGACAACGCAAAUUCAGUAGAUAAACCUGAAUUGGAAGCUAUUACCCCGCCAAAAAUCACCACUUCCAAUAAAAGAAAAUCGAACACCGAGCCAACUCCUAUCGUCAAAAGAUUAACGAGAAAUCAAAAGAAGUUACUAGAAGAGGUCGUCCCCGAAGUAAAAAAAGUCACAGCUCCAGUAAGAAGAUCGAUGAGAGGAUCAGAGAAAGGAUUGGAGAGUAGUUUAGACCUUACAGGAGAUAAAUCUAUGGGAAAGAAAGUAGAAAAAGAAACCCCACUCGAACUUAGAAGAGGAAGAAGCAGCAAGAGAGAUACAACGAUUGUUAUUCAGGAAAAGAAGACUGAAAAGUCAAGUAAAAAGAUGCCUGUACAAACUAAAUGCAAAGCACAAAUCCCCGUUGAGAGUUCAGUAAUAGCAACAAGUACAGAUGCAGCAAGUACGGAUGCAACAAGUACGGAUGCAACAGGUACAACUGCAAUAAGUACAGAUGUAACAACCACGGCAAGCAUCGGUCCAGUUACUGAGAAAAAAUCAAAAGAGAAUAAUACCGCAAAGGCUUACAAGGAAAAAAUACAAGAGAGAGACAGACAAGAGAUUGACGCCAUCUUUGAAGAAUUUCCGACUCUGUCUCGUUAUUACGAAUUUAUCGAAAGAGCCGGUAGAGGCACAUUCAGUAAAGUCUAUAAAGCAAGAGAUUUAUUAGCGGAUGAGUAUAUGGAAGUGGAUCAAGGCGGCGUGGUUACUAAAACUGAUGACAACCUUGUUGCAGUCAAGUUGAUCUUUGAUAUUAGUUCACCAGUGCGUGUGGCCAACGAAAUCCAUUUUCUUACGAUAUUAAGAUCAUCACCGUGUAUUACACCACUUAUUACUGCAUUUCGACAUGAACCUUACACCUAUGUUGUACUACCCUAUAUCGACUUUGAUCACUUUGACACAUUCUUUCUGGAUAUGACAAUGGCUGAUGUCAAAUCAUACAUAUCUCAACUACUUAUUGGUUUAAGAGGUGUGCAUGAAAAGGGAAUUAUUCAUCGCGAUGUUAAACCUGGAAACUUUUUGUACAGCAACAAAACAAAACUUGGAUAUCUCGCUGAUUUCGGUUUAGCUCAAAAAGAGGUUAUAUAUAUAUAUGAUAUUGAGAUAGGCAGAAAGACUUAUUUUAUUAUGUUUUGGACAAAUAUAGACGAUUUUCAGACGCGAAGACCGGCCUUUCAAGGAGGACGCUCAGGAACAAAGGGAUUUAGAGCACCAGAGGUCAUGUUAAAAUACUUAAACCAAACAACAGCCAUCGAUAUCUGGGCUGUUGGUGUUCUGCUUUUGAUUAUUCUUAGUGGAAGAUAUCCUUUUUUUAAUCCAGAAGAUGAUUCCGAUGCUAUCAUGGAAUUUGCGCAUUUGUUUGGCAUGAAGAAUUUAAGGGAAUUUAGCCAACACUAUGGUCGCACAAUAAAAACAAAUAUACCAGCCAUUCCUGAGGAGGAAAUGAACAUUGAACUUUUAUGUCGAGAGAUGAACAACGACAACAUAAAAAAAUGGGACGGUGAAGAAUUCUUGCAAGCUGUCGAUCUUAUGAAGCACUGUCUUGUACUCAUACAUACCAAACGAUAUACUGCUAAAGAAGCAUUAAAUCACCCUUUCCUG